AUGUCAGUUGUGGAAAGACCAAGGGCGGCAUCGAGGCGGGCUAUAUCAGCUUACAGGGCUAGUGCGAGUAUGGUUGUAGUAGAUUUCGUUGGGUCUCGUGUGGAUCUUGGUGUUGGAGUAGUUCCAGAAUCCGAGAAGCUGGAUCUUGGUUACGUUUCGGUGGACCCUUGCACCAGGUGCUUGCCGACGGACUUCACCGCUCGCGUCAAGUGA